AUGUCGGCAUUCGAGCUGGCCAACAAAGACCUGGACUACGAUGUCCUCAUUGUUGGGGCUGGGCUGAGCGGUAUCUACAGCCUGCUGCGCAUCCGCCAGCUGGGGCUGAGGGUCAAGGUGCUGGAGGCCGGCGAGGAAGAGGGUGGGACAUGGUUCUGGAACCGCUAUCCCGGAGCGCGCUUCGACUCGGAAAGCUACUCGUACAUCUUCUCGUUCUCCCAAGAAGUGCUCGACGAGUGGCACUGGACGGAGCAUUUUAGCCCUCAGACGGAGACUUUGAAGUACAUCCAAUACCUGACGACGAAGUUUGACCUGAAAAAGGACAUGCAGUUCAGCACGCGCAUCCAGUCGGCGCACUUCCAGACCCCUGGCAACUUUUGGAUGCUCACCGACGAGAAUGGCCGCCGGUACAACUGCCGUUAUCUCAUCACCUGCAUGGGCAUACUCAACCAGCCGACGCUGCCCGACAUCCCCGGCGUCAGCGACUUCAAAGGUGAGGCCUGGCACACGGCCAGAUGGCCCGCCAACGGCCAAGAGGCCCUCAGGGGCAAGCGCGUGGGCAUCAUCGGCACGGGAGCAACCGCCAUCCAGACGAUCCAGGAGAUAUACAAGGACGUGGGGCAUCUAACGAUCGUCCAGAGAACCCCCAAUUGGACGGCCCCUCUCCGCAACGCCAAGAUCGACGAGAAGGAAAUGGCCGAGAUUCGGGCCCGCUAUCCCGAGAUCUUCCAGCAGUGUCUCGAGUCCUACUCCUGCUUCAUCCACGUCACCGAGGAGAAGAAGACAACAGACUAUACCCGAGAGGAUCUCCAGGCCCGCUGGGAGGAGCUGUUCCAACGGCCCGGCUUCGCCAAGGUGCUCGGCGUCUGCCCGGACAUCGCCACGGACCGCGAAGCCAACCGGCUCUACAGCGAGUUCCAUGCCAACAAGAUCCGGCAGCGGGUCAGGGACCCGGUCGUGGCCGAGAAGCUGAUCCCCAAGAACCACGGCUUCGGGACGCGGCGCGUGCCGCUCGAGAGCGGUUACUACGAGGCCUUCAACCAGCCCCACGUCGAGCUGCUCGACAUCAGCGACGACCCGAUCGAGCGCAUCACGGAGACGGGGCUUUGCACCAAGAGCGGCAUCGAGCGCAACCUGGACGUGCUCAUCUACGCGACGGGCUUCGACGCCGUCACGGGGUCCUUCCACGCCGUCGACUUCCGCGGCGUAGACGGCGUCAGACUCCGCGACAUGUGGGCCGACGGCAUCCAGACCUUUCUCGGCCUGACGGUCAAGGACUUCCCCAACAUGUUCAUGAUCAUGGGCCCGCACCAGAUGUUUGGCAACAUUCCGCGGAGCAUCGAGUACGCGGUCGACUGGGUCGCCGAUUUUCUCGCGUGGGCCCGCGAGAACAAUGUGUGCUUCGUCAACGCGACGCAGGAGAAGAUGGACAUGUGGUACAGGCACGUCGAGGAGAUGGGCCGGGGCCUGUUGGCCAACGAGGUCGAUUCGUGGAUGACGGGCGUCAACAAGAACCUGGCGCACAAGCAAAAGAGGUCCCUUACCAGGUAUAACGGGCCGGCGCCGGGGUACAGGAAGAGGUGUGAUGAGGUUAAGGCGAAGGGUUAUUCGGAUUUUGUGUUGGGGUGA